CAAAGUGCAACAACGCUGGGUCGGUCUGUGUGUAUUUAUUCAGCUACCUGAGCACAGUUAGAGGUUACAGAGAGAGACACUCUCUAAUGCGUGCAGCGCUGUGACAGACUGACACACUCCUUCUAGAUCGUCUGUCAAGAUGGCUCCGUCAUCCUCUGUGUUCAGUUCUUCCUUGUUGAAGUGGACGGACAUCCAGGUUGUGCUGAUAUUUACCGUUGUGUUCCUGCUCCUGGCGGAGGUCAUGAGGAAACGCAGGCCAAAGAACUUCCCACCAGGACCAAUGAGCUGGCCUGUCGUUGGGAACACAUUCACUAUUGACUUCAAGAAAGCCCAUCUCGAAUUGACCAAACUUGCUGAGCAGUAUGGGGAUGUGUACAGCCUCGGACUGAGCCGCUGGACGGUGGUGCUGAACGGCUACAAGAUGGUGCGAGAAGCUUUGGUGACCCAAGGUGACUCGAUGGCUGACAGGCCUGAGAGUGCCCUUGAUGUGGAUGUGGCUCACCAUCUUGGUGUGGUCACCAGUAAUGGAUACUUGUGGAAACAACAGCGCCGCUUUGCCAUCUCCACCCUAAAGUAUUUUGGAGUUGGCAAGAAGUCUCUUGAGUCCGCCAUUUUGGAAGAGUUUACAUAUUUAGCCAAUGAUAUUGAAGCACUUAAUGGAAAACCCCACAAUCCACACCUGCCCACAAACUACGCUGUUGCCAACAUCAUAUGCUCCCUUGUUUUUGGACAUCGAUUUGAAUACACUGACAAGAAGUUCCAGAUGCUGAUGAAAAUGUUUGAUAAAUCUAUUGAAAUUGAAGCCUCCAUUUGGGCUGAGCUGUACAACUCUUUCCCGACGGUGAUGAGACUGUUACCUGGACCUCACCAGACAGUCUUAAAAAACUGGGACACUGUGAAAGAUUUCCUGAGGGCAGAAAUUGAGCAGCACAAGAAAGACCGGGACCUGUCGGAGCCCAGGGAUUACAUCGACUGCUACCUGAGUGAGAUUGAAAAGAGCAAGGAGGACACAGCGUCUGGCUUCCACGAGGAGAAUCUGAUCAUGUGCAGCCUGGACCUGUUUGUGGCCGGCUCAGAGACCACGUCCACCACCCUCCGCUGGAGCUUCCUCUACAUGGCCAAGUACUUGGAGAUCCAAGAAAAGGUCCAGGCUGAGAUAGACCGGGUGAUUGGUCAGUCACGCCAGCCUAGCAUGGCAGACAGAGCGGACAUGCCCUACACUGAGGCAGUCCUCCACGAGAUCCAGAGGAUGGGCAACAUCGCCCCACUGGGCCUCCCCAGGGUCACCACCAAAGAUGUGCACCUCGGCGACUACCUCAUCCCAAAGGAUACCGAGAUAAUCGCUAAUCUGACAUCAGUGAUGUUUGAUAAGAACGAAUGGGAGACACCUCACAAGUUUAAUCCAGGGCACUUCCUGAACAAAGAGGGCAAGUUCGUGAAGCAACCUGCCUUCAUCCCCUUCUCAGCAGGAAAAAGAGUGUGUCUCGGGGAAAGCCUGGCCAAGAUGGAGCUCUUCCUCUUCUUCACCUCUUUCCUGCAGCGGUUCACUUUCUCAACGCCUCCUGGAGUGAAGCCCAUGAUGGAUUUCCGUUUUGGCAUAACCCUGGCACCCCUGCCACAUGAGAUAUGUGCCACACCACGCCAUCUGUGACCGGUGGCAGAGGGCAGACUGCAACUUUGUCUCUCUGCACCUUCUACUCUUUGACUUUAGCGUCUGUGAAAAGGGCAGAGCUGCAGGGAGAUUAAUGCUGGGUGUUUUUAAUGGCGAAAAAAGGUUUCAUUGUGCUUCAUUUUGAUCUGUGUUUAAAUUCUCAACGAAUAAUGGGUGUAUGCAAUAGUGUAUAUACACACACACACACACACACACACACACACACACAACAGCGCGCUUAGAUGGAACUGUACAAAAGCAGCUAAUCUAACUUUUCUUUCACGGGCAUGACACACUGCACUCACCUGCCGUUUGAAUAGUUGGGAUGUAUUUCCCCCUAGUGGUCAGAGUCUGUACAUUCUCUGACGAUACAAAAACAUUUAAAUCAUGUCAAAUACUC